AUGCACACUCCCACUGAGCCUCAUUUUGCUGUUGUGAAGCGUGUUCUACGUUAUCUUGCUGGUACCCUCACUCAUGGGAUUCAUUUCACUUUUGGUGAUGUUCAUCUUCAGGCCUAUUCUGAUGCUAACUGGGCCGGUGAUGUGAAUGAUAGGCGUUCCAUGACUGAAUAUGUGAUUUUUCUGGGCAAUAACCCCAUCUCUUGGUGUGCCAAGAAACAAAGCACCGUGUCUCGUUCUUCAACAGAAGCAGAAUAUCAAGCUCUUGUGUUUAUUGCAGCUGAGAUGUCCUGGGCUUCGACAACUUCUCUGUGUUCUCCAUUUUGUUUCUUGAUUGACCCCCUAUUCUUUGGUGUGAUAACAUUUCAGCUCUUGCUCUUGCUAGUAACCCUGUCUUUCAUGCACCCAUAA